GGGUUUCUAGAUAAUAGCAGUGAUUAGGGUCUCCAAUUCGAAGGGUGGAGAUGUCUACCCAACAUGGAAAUUCUGAUGCCAAACCCCCUUCUGGAUCCAGUUCUCGAUUAUAUGAUCUGCUAUGUGCGGAAACGCCAUAUUGGAAUCGACCUAGUGAUGCUGAUAGUACAUCUUGGUUUAUCAGGAAGGGCUCGUGGAGAGCAUCUACUGCGAAAGGAAGGCUAGAGAGAUUGUCGAAGGAGUCCGGGAACUGUGUUUGUGCAGAUUGCGGAUCCCCGGAUCCGAAAUGGGUAUCAUUAAAUCUUGGAGUAUUUAUUUGUAUCAAAUGCUCUGGUGUACAUAGAAGCCUCGGAGUACAUAUAUCAAAGGUUUUAUCAGUGAAGCUCGAUGAAUGGACAGACGAUCAAGUGGAUUCUCUGGAGAAUUUGGGUGGCAAUAAUUUGGCAAACAAAAAGUAUGAAGCUUUCCUUCCUGAUAACAUCACAAAGCCAAGACCAGAUUCGUCCAAUGAGGGGCGCGCCGAUUUCAUUAAGAGAAAAUAUGAGAUGCUGCAAUUUUUUGAUAACAAUGAACAUGCGAUUUCCCCCCAUCCGCCUCAUCAACGUUCUCCGUCGUCCUCUUCACAAAGUUCUUUGCCCAACAUGUUUGCCCAAGAUAAAGGACAGUAUGAGAAACAACCGACCAGACAUCAUCGUAUAGGGCACAGAUUUAGAAACAGCUGGGUAAGAAGAGAGAACGAUCAUCAUAAGCCCAUUAGGAAAAGUAACUCAUUGGCAGGUAUGGUUGAAUUCAUUGGGAUGAUUAAGGGGAAUGUAGUCAAAGGCACCAACCUAGCUGUCCGAGAUAUGGUUUCGAGCGAUCCGUAUGUCAUUCUCACGUUGGGUCAACAGUCGGUCAAGACCCGAGUCAUAAAGAACAACCUAAAUCCAGUCUGGAAUGAAAGCCUCAUGUUGAGCAUUCCGGAACACAUUCCUCCUUUGAAAGUGAUUGUGUUGGAUAAAGAUACAUUCUCACAUGACGAUUUCAUGGGGGAGGCGGAGAUUGACAUUCAACCGCUGGUUACCGCUGCGCGAGCCCAUGAGCGUUCCGAGAUUGAUGAAUCAAUGCAGCUCGGGGAAUCAAUUGCGAGCAAAGACAACACCUUGGAAAAAGAUGGUAUUAUUACCGUGACGGAUGGGAGAGUAAAACAGGAUAUCUAUGUUCGGCUACAAAAGGUCGAGAGCGGGGUGCUCCAGAUCGAGCUCGAAUGCAUUCUUCUUACUCAUUAGCUGUCUGAAAAUAAUGACUCGGGCACAUAUGGGAAUGCCUGAAAAUUUGCUUAUGUAGCUAAUUUGAAUGGAUAAAUGUAACUUAGGAGGAAAUCAUCACAGAAAGUUUAAAACAAUGCCCCAAUGAUGAUUAAGCUGCACGC